AAAUCUGGGUAAAACCUGCAAACCUGUAAAGGAGUUCACUGGCAAACCUUCACUUUUUCCCUUUCAAGAGUGAAUGUGAUAGAUUUUACGAGUUUGUAAUUUAAGGAAACAUGUGAAAAUAGGAUUUUUUUGGGGGGGAAUGCAGACUGACGAGUAAAUAACAGGUGUGGGCUGAGCUUCUUUUGCACAACAGAAAAGGGGAGUUGAAGGUGCAGCAAGGGGGAGUGUGGGAGGGAGGGGUGAAGUGGAGGUGCAGGCAGGAUGGAGGGUGGAUCUGACAGAGGGGGCGAGGCUGUCAACGGAAGGCAAAUGAAAGCGUAAGCAAGACUGUGCCUGCAAACCCUGCGAGUGCAGCUGACGCCAAAAGAAGGGAAACAUGUUUGGAGAGCGGCGGAAGGACGAAAGAAGGAGCAAGUGAGGAAGAACGAGCCAUCAGUGGCAGCCCUGAUCUUUUUUUCAUCUGUGUGCGGACGCCACUGGAUAAUUUAUAAGCUGUGUGUGUCUGAGGGAGGUUUUUGCUGAGCUCACCACCACCAUGCUGUGUUGUGCUGCUGUCAGUGCAGCUGUCUGGCUGCUGGCAGUGCUCAGCCCGGGCCUGUCUCUUCCAGCUGAGCACAGCUCAGAGCCAGGCUUCACCCUCUGCAGCCACUGCUUCUACAGACAGACGCCUCCUCGGGGAGCCUCCACGGGGCCUCUGCUGCGCCCACGCUGCCACGCUCUGCCCGGAGGACAGGCGCUCGCCACUCUGUCCAGGCCGACCUGUGACACAGCUGUCUACUCUGCCUUCCAUCUCAGCCAUGGAUGGGCAGAGAGGGAGGGGGAAGAGCUUGUGGUGGAGGACAAAGGAGACACCAUCCCAGCCACGGUCCUGGCUCUUCUCAGAGGAGGCGGCCUCCCUCCUCCAGUCUCCUCCACAGACUCUCCUAUUCAAAACUGGGACUCCACAGUCACCUCCCUGGUUCAGUCAAGCAUCCUUCCUCGGUGCGGCACUUUGGGGGGUGACGUCUACAUCCUGACAGGGUCAGGAGGACUCGGGUCGGCUGAUGAUGGAGAUGAGAGGUGUGGAGCGAAGCCUCUCUGGUUUGCAGUUUGCUGUGCUAAUCCAAAGGGAAACUUCAGUGUGGGGUUAGUUAGAAGUACAGAGGAGGAGGGGGAGAGGGAGGUGAGCAUGAAGGAGCUGGAGGAGAUUCUAGAGGUGGAGGAGCUUUUCUUUGAAGGCUGUGGAAGAGGACAAGAUGGAUCCACUGCAAAUGAUGACAAAACUUAUAUAAACUCCGCAGACAUGGAUUUGGAAAACACCAGAGCGAGUGAAGAGGAAGCUUCUGGAAAGGUGGUUGUAGAAGAAGCUCAGGCAGAAUCUUCUGAUACCGAGCUUACUCAACAAACCCCAAUGGAUGAAGUGAAUGAUGAGAGCCUCAAUGAGGAGGACUCAAACUCCACCAGCACUCUGGUUUACAUCCUGUCCACCAGCUUGUCCAUCGUUCAAGCUCCUCUACGUCCCGUCUUCUCCACCAUUACAGAGUUACCUGGACAGGUCAUCUUCAUCCUUCAGGAGGACCUUGGAGUCCUCUUCGCUCUCCCUGGAGACGCCUUCGCCCUGCUGCACCUCCUCACUUCCGACCUCCUCUCCUCAGUGAUCUUUGCAUCCGAAAUGCUGUUAGGAAUUGGGGAGAUGUGCUUCUCAAGUAUUUAUUAUUGCACCUGGUCAAUGAUGGAGGCCCUGUUGAACAGCUGCUACACCGGGGUCAGUGGCAUGGGAACGCUAGCUGGAGACAUAGUGGGGAUAUUUGGUGGCACUCUGGAUAACAUUUGGUCGGUGACCAAGUUCUUCGGAGGAUGGUUGUGGGAGCAGACUGAGGAUUAUGUGGGAACGGUGAUGUUAGAGAUGGGGAGUCAAGUUCAAGCUGUAGGUGGAGGGCUGGGCAAGCUGAUGAUGAGCACAAGAAAUGGAGUCACCAACGUGUUUAGGGUGGGAGGGUCCUUGAUUGUGGGAGUAGUGGAAAAGGCCUUCGGAUCAGUAAAAGAGGCUUUCGGUCAGGAAUCCCAGUAAAAAUUCAUAGAUGAAUGUGGUAUUGAAUAAACUGUUUCUUCAUUUUUUCCUCUAAACUUGCUGCAGACAGAAAAAAACAAACCAAAAUGAAGAUGAUAUCACCUGAUAUGCCUUGAUUGUUGUAGAUGUUUUAUAGGUUGUUGAUCGCCUUUUCUACUCAAGUACAUGCUGUAUUUGAGAAAAAAAGUAAUCUGUGCCCACCCUGACUUUAGAAGUAGCUGUUUAAAUUGUUGGAAAUUAACAGGACAUUCAACUUUGAAUAAAAAUGAAUUCUAAUUUUCAGUUA